AUGUACAACGGCAUCGGCCUGCAGACCGCGCGCGGUAGCGGCACGAAUGGCUAUGUCCAGAAGAAUCUGUCGCACCUACGUCCCCGCGACCCGUGGCCGAGGCCAAUGGAGCCUGAGGCCAAGCCGCGCGUAGCAGCGCCGGACGCGGGCAUCUUGGAUCACGAGCGGCGACGCAAGAUUGAACUCCAGUGCCUUGAGCUGCAGGACGAGCUGGAGGAGCGAGGUCUUCCCGACGAGGAGAUCCGCGCGCGUGUUGACUCGCUACGCCAGGGCCUGCGCGCGCGUCUCGCGCGCGCGCCGGAGCAGUAUGGCCAUGCUACGCGCGCCGAGGUGAAGCAGCUGCGGCCGUCCGAUACGCAUGCGCGCGGCGCUGCCAAGACGCGCGAGUCCGAGAGCAUGCAGCGCGCUCUGCGGAUCCAUCCCUCGUACGUCGAGGGCCAGGCGUUUGAUCCCGCCUGGCAGGAGCAGCGCAAGCUUGAGCGCCACGAAGCGCGUGCGCAGCGGCACCGGGCGGCACGCGACUGGGAGGAGCGGCCGCGCGAGGCGGACGAGCGGCCGCGCGAGGCGGACGAGCGGCCGCGCGAGGCGGACGAGCGGCCGCGCGAGGCGGACGAGCGGCCGCGCGACAAUGGCUAUGCGUCGCGCCGCGCGCGCGUGGCGGAGCGUGAACCUGCGCGCGAGACCGACGUGCCGUCGCCGCCGACCCAUGCCGACUCCCGCGCGAUCCGCGCGUACGAGGACGACGCACCCGUGCCGAGCCGUACGCCGUCGCCGCCGCCGCUUCAUACGGACGGUGCCUAG